AUGCCUGGCAACGCCCAUGCCUGGCUACGCCCAUGCCUGGCUACGCCCAUGCCUGGCUACGCCCAUGCCUGGCUACGCCCAUGCCUGGCUACGCCCAUGCCUGGCUACGCCCAUGCCUGGCUACGCCCAUGCCUGGCUACGCCCAUGCCUGGCUACGCCCAUGCCUGGCUACGCCCAUGCCUGGCUACGCCCAUGCCUGGCUACGCCCAUGCCUGGCUACGCCCAUGCCUGGCUACGCCCAUGCCUGGCUACGCCCAUGCCUGGCUACGCCCAUGCCUGGCUACGCCCAUGCCUGGCUACGCCCAUGCCUGGCUACGCCCAUGCCUGGCUACGCCCAUGCCUGGCUACGCCCAUGCCUGGCUACGCCCAUGCCUGGCUACGCCCAUGCCUGGCUACGCCCAUGCCUGGCUACGCCCAUGCCUGGCUACGCCCAUGCCUGGCUACGCCCAUGCCUGGCUACGCCCAUGCCUGGCUACGCUCACGCCUACGGCUACGUCCCUACCCUUCAUUAAGAAUCGCAUUUGA